AUGAAUGAUCUUUCAUUGAACGUCCAUCGCCGCAUCCUGUACCAUCGCUGCAGAUACCCCUUGGAAGCGAAACUAUUGCCAUUCUCCCGACCGCCUGUUUCUUUCCCAAACCUCAAGGGCGCCCAGUCAGUCCCGAAGACCAUCCACCUCAAGUACAUUGCUCGGCGUCUUCUCACCACCGCCAUCAUGUCCCUCCGCAUAGUUCCCCUCCCCAGCCACGCCUCCAGCACCAACAACACCACCGCGCAAACGAAAACCACAUCCACAUCGGCCGGCGCCCCCUCCGCUCCGGGCCUGCACGACACCCUCCGGGCCUCCCUCUCCCCACCCACAAGCACCACCCUCGGCCAAUCAUCCAGCACGCACCCGCUCGAAGCCCGCCUCUCGAGCUGGCAUGCCACGCAACAGCAGCUCCAGGCGCAGCUGCUGCGGCGACAAUUCGGCAUCGCGGAGCCGCUGCGCCGCGGCAUGGAACUCAAGAUGGUGCGCGAGGCCGACGACUUCCGGCCUGCGGUGUUGGGAAGAGCUUCGGGUGUGCAUGAGGAGAUCCUGACCGGCCGGGACAGCACGGUCGAGUGGGAGGAUGUGUAUGCGGGUCAGGAUGGUGUGAAGUUGGCUGAGGGCGGUGAGGGACGGCAUGGCCAGAUUGGCUGGCUGGAGGAGAUGGAGGCGAAGCUGAAGAUCUGA